AUGAGUGUGACUGCCCGUGGGAGCCGGCUUACCGAGCUGACCCAUGUGCUGACAUGCAGUCAAUGGGCCGCACCCCAAGGAGGCUACCAUUCACGUGAUAUGAGCAUGACAACUCAUGGCAAGUGGAAAGUUACAGGGGAUGAAUCAUGGUACCCGUGGCAGCUGAGACACAGUUGUGCCCGUGGCAUCUGGGAGACAGUGGUACCCAUGGCAGCUGGGACACAGUGGUACCCAUGGCAGCUGGGACACAGUGGUACCCAUGACAUCUGGGACGUGAUACCUAUGGCAGCUGAGACACAGUGGUACCCAUGGCAGCUGGGACACAAUGGUAGUGUUUGUAAUGUUCGUCUUGUUCCAGGAUCGCGUGGUGGCGUCAUGUUGAUGCGUUCUAGCGACGACCAAUUGAAGAGACACAGAAUUAUUCGACUGUGUUCCAGCCACCGAUGUGUUGAAGUGACUCAGGACGGCGGAGGCAGAGGGUCAGGAGGAAGCUAUCUUGAAGAGAGCAUGAGGAUGAUGGUGUCUGGGACGAAGGGCGACGCCUACCACCCUACGCUGCCCCCGGAGAUAGCUACAGACGCUGCCAUCUAUGUUACCGUGAUCGUAGUGUUCUACGCAGCCAUCAUCCUGCUGCUGGUGGGGACUAAUCUUCACCGCCUUCGUCGCCAGCGCCGCAGCCACACCCAUCAACCUCACCUCCAACACAAAUCUCAACAUCAACGUCUACACAGUCCCAGCCAACGCACCGUCGAUACCACCACUUCAGCGACAAACCUCCUCAGCUCCACCUUCUUCAGCAGUCCUCUUAACUCUAACGGGAGUACCACCACCACCACCAUACUUCCCCAAAAGGAGAGAUGGUCUGACCAAGGAGGCGCCGUGAUUGUGUAA